AUGCCAAUAUAUUGCGCGAAGUUGAAGCGUCGCUUGGAAGAUGCAGCAUCAUCCUCCGCGUCACCUGAAAAGUUGCAUGCAAGCCCCGAGCAGCCCAAGUCGGCGAACAAGUCGUAUUUGGCUCUAUCCUGCAGUAAUUCGACUCGCUCUAAGCAGCCAUCCAAGACGCUCAACCACUUGAGUACGAGCGAGACCGAGAUGAGCAUGCAACUGGCCUAUGGUGCUGGCUUGCAAGAAGACUACAACAUGUUUAGCCAGCAGUCGACUCAGCAACUAUUGACCUUGCCGCCGCUGUUCUUAUCACAUCCAUCUCACUGGAAUCUGUAUGGUCAGUUCAACUACUCGUCGCAGCUAGCCCAUUCAUACCAUCCUUACCAAACGAUUGCACCGGUGACUUCGACUAGCAAGAGUGUCGAGGCCUGUCCCGACGAUGAGGUUAUACAGGGAAUCACGAGGGAAAAUCGACAAUAG